AUGGAUUGUAGAUCCACAAAGUUUCUAGUAGUAUCAUUUUCUUUAUGGCUUUCAUGUAUUCAUGCUAUACAAACUGGAAGAUUUCCAGCGAUUCUUGCAUUUGGAGAUUCGAUUCUCGAUACUGGUAACAACAAUAUGCCAAAGUUGCUAACAGUGUCGAAGAGCAACUUUUUGCCAUACGGACGCAACUUUCCUUAUCAUACACCUACUGGAAGAUUCGGUAACGGAAGAGUACUAUCGGAUUUAGUUGCCGAGGGUUUAGGGAUAAAGAAUCUUGUACCUGCUUUCCGUAGCUCAUUUCUUAAAAGUAGUGAGCUUCCUACCGGAGUUUGCUUUGCGUCUGGUGGUUCAGGGUUAGACAAAUUCACUGCAUCUAUACAAGGCGUAAUAUGGGUAAAAGAUCAGCUGAAAGACUUCCAAAGUUACAUACAAAAAUUAAGCCAAGAAGUUGGAGAUGCCGCUAAAGUUAAAGAGAUUAUAGCCAAUGCUGUGGUCCUAAUCUCUGCUGGAAAUAAUGAUAUUGCUAUCACAUUUUUUGCAACUCGAGCUAAGAAAUUGAGAUACAAUAUCGAAACAUACACUGAUCAGCUCAUAGAUUGGAAAACUGCGUUCGUGCAGAAUCUAUAUAAUAUGGGAGUGAGAAAAUUUGCGGUUCUUGGAACGUUACCGUUAGGGUGUUUGCCAGGGGCGAGACAAAUGAGCGGAGAUUUGAUAUGUCUUCCGCAUGUUAACCAUGGUGCUAAGAUAUAUAAUCAAAAGGUAGCAAACUUGGUCGUAAAAUUCAGACAAAGUCUCCCAGAUGGCAAAUUCGUCUACAUUGAUAUGUAUAACUCACUUCUUGACGUCAUCAAAAAUCCUAGUAAAUAUGGGUUUAGAACGGCUAAACCAUGUUGUUGCUCGGUGAUGACUCCGAUUCCAUGCUUAGAUUCUGGUAGCCACGUAUUCUGGGACUUCGCACAUCCUUCUGAAAAAGCCUAUAAAUCCGUUCUACCCAACAUCGUCAGUGUCAUCAGCAAUAACCUUGCUUAG